AUGCCACCAUCAGGUCAAGCGUUCAGAGUUCUUGAUGGGAUACCAACAGAGGUUCUCUUGCAGACCUACGCAGACCGUACCCUCGUUCUGGUAACGCAACUAGGUAAAGUGGGGAAUCUGAUACAAGCGACGAUCCCUCCGACGGCGCCGUUGCUCCCAGCUCCUCCUCCAAACCCAUUGCAGCCGAAUGUCACACCUCUUCCAGUACCGCCGACUUCCAUCCAACUAACCCCACUCCUCGGAAAUGCUCCUUCUGACCGCCUUCACACGCUGUACUCUCUGUAUGCCUCUCAGAUCGCAACAGUCUUAUGGGCGGAAGAAGCCGGCAACUUGCUACAAGGUGAUCGGCGGGGAGUUGUGGUCGGGAUCGCUCUGCACAAAACGGCUGAGACAGAGGAUGAUGGGCUUACUGAACACGAGAGGGAAGUGUUCCAUGGGGUAAUGGAUAUGGUCAGAGAUCUUUUACGACGCCAGUGA